GAGACGCAGAGACAAAGAAUCACGAUGAGUUUCAAAGUUUUGAUGUUGGUCAUAUUCUGUGGCUCAGCUGUGGCCCAGGGCGAUGGGACUGAAACACAAGAAACAACUGAAACAGAGUCCUGCUUUCCUGACAUGUGUAAGUUUCUAAAACAGUUUGGUGCCAUGACUGAGAAGCAGAGCAGCAUGGAAACAAGGCUGAAGGAGACUGAAAACYAAAUCACUGAACUGAAGAAGAAUGAAAAAAACAAAGUAGUGUUCAGUGCAGCAACAGGUGGGAGUGGAGCGAUUGGACCCCACAGCACACACACAACAAUGAUCUACAGAACAGUCAUWACGAAUGUUGGGAAUGCCUACAAUCAGUUCACAGGUAUUUUUGCUGCUCCAGUCUCAGGCGUGUACUACUUCACCUUCUUUUACCAUGCUGGAGGAGGACACCCUGUGRGUCUGUCCCUGAUGAAGAACAGCCAGGUUGUCGCGACGGCCUACGACCACCAGACUUCAUAUGAUGGAGCUGAUAAUGGAGGCAACGCUGCGUUCGUGCAGCUGCAGCAGGGAGACCAGGUGUACAUGAGCUUGGGUGCAAACACAYACGUCUGGGGCGACAAUGCAAUCACCACUUUCAGUGGUUUUCUUUUGUAUCAAGUCUGAGAAAGACUGGAUUUAUUUUUCUUUUUGAUUGUUUCAAAUGUUGUAACAUAAAAUGUGACAAACAUUCUUCCAUAUAAARUAUAAAGUAUAAAGUKCUAUGGAGGACCAAAACUGACAUAAUUAGAAAUAAAAGCAGGAAUAUAUAAAYGGACCAAUAAAUAAAUAUAUCCACUUAAAAUGCUUCAAUUAAAUUACAUAAGGAGAACUUUACCCCAUAUUUUUCCAGCUCCAAUAAAUUAUAUAUUUUAGCACAUAAUUUGCAUUUUACUGUUUUUUAUAGCAGUCUUUUCCAGGUGGGUUAGGGCUGCAAAUUGUUACACAUCCCUCCGAGUAUGGUGUUYAAAAUUCAUGCUGCUAGCACCAUCCUGUUCCGAGUUAUGACAAAAAAAAUAAAGUUUAUAUUUAAAAAUACAAAAAUAUUCUUUCUGUCCAUUUUGACUUAGCUGCAUGUCUACCCACCUGCCWCCGGCUUAUUUACACCUCACCCAAAAUAGUCAAUCCAACCGAUCAUGUCUUUACUAAACUACACCCACAAAAGUCAAACAGACCAAUCAUGUCUUGGACAAACUCCUCCUUCAAAACAAGAAACUCUCRUUUAGAGACUGCAGAGAUCACUUUCUCAAAAUUACUGUAAAAUUAGUAAAACAUAGCUGUUUUUGUGUCUAACUCCGACAUUAUGUAUAUCAGUAAUUGUGUUAAUGAAGUAAUAACUAUUGGAGUCGGUGAGAUUUUUUUCAGCUGGAUGAACACGACUGGCUUCAUCAAGACCUAARGCAGCAACCUUUAAGCUCUGCAAAUCUGUCAAUAAGUAAUAAAAACACUGUGUCAUCAGU